AUCUGCAAAGGCGGUAAAUGGAGAAUAUAAGAAGAAAGAAAGAAACCCUCUCUUGAGUGUUUGCUAAGCAGAAGAAUACUAGCGGCCACAAACCGCCCACAAAUGUUGUUAUCAACUGAUCAGCUGAUGAUCGAUACAAGAAUCAGAAUGUGCGCGAUAACAACCUUUGCAUCGUAAUAGUAACAGUUCCACUUUUUAGGAGUAAAGUGUUCAUUUCCUAUGAACGAGAUUUGAUCUUAAGAGUUUCUUAAAGUGCAGUGACUUAGGUGUGGUACCGUGUGGAGGAAACACUAUGGCAGUUUCAAAAUUUAGCGAUGUCGACGAGUAUGGGUUCAAGCGGGAACCGGAUUUCGACUACCAAUCGUACGAAAAUAUCAUGUCAAGCUACUUGUCGGUGCUGACGACGCGCAGUAUGAGGUGGCAAAAGUUCGUGAAAAGCGAAGAUGUGACGAAAAACCAGAGCAAACUUAAGCGCUUCGUCCGGAAAGGCGUUCCCGGUCCAAUGCGGGAGGAAGUGUGGAUGAAAACGUCUGGGGCGUUAAAGCUACAGCAACUACAGCCAACCCUCUAUCAAACACUGCUGACAUACGAGUUCGAUCAGGAAAUCUCCGAUCAAAUAAAGCUCGAUCUCCCACGGACGUUCCCGGAUAACAUUCACUUCGAGCAGUACAAACUGGGUCUCUACAACGCGUUGAUUGCAUUCGCGCAUGAGAAUCGAACAGUUGGUUACUGUCAAGGUUUAAAUUACAUAGCAGGACUGCUGCUAAUCGUAACGAAGAAUGAAGAAUCCACGUUUUGGCUGCUCAAGGUGCUAGUCGAGAACAUUGUCCCACUGUAUCACACGAAAACGAUGGACAACCUAAUCACGGAUAUCGAUGUGUUGAGCGAACUGAUCAAACAACGAGUGCCGGAUGUCCACCGGCAUAUCUUCGACUUAGGGCUGCCCUGGCCCGUGAUAGCUACCAAGUGGUUUAUCUGCCUGUACGCCGAAGUCGUACCGACCGAAACCGUCCUCCGCAUAUGGGACUGUCUGUUUCUCGAGGGCAACAAAAUUCUGCUUCGUGUCGGACUGACGGCAGUGGUACGGCUCCGGCAAGAGAUACUGGCCACGGAUGAUAUCGCCACGUUGAUUGGUUUGUUUCGAUCGCUGGACAAAUCGCCCGUCCUGAUGGAUUGUCACGAGUUCAUGAAAAGCAUCUUCAAAGUGCCGGGUAACCUGCGCCGGUCACAGCUGGCAACACUUCGGCGACGGCUGUACGAUGAACGGAUGGCUAGCAAGCACAAUGGUUCCUAGGGGUUAGAGAACUAUAUUCAGAAGAGAUACAGACUGAAUAUAGUGUGAAUCGUAAAAAAUGAUAAUUUCCGCGGCUAUGGCGAUUUAGCCAAACUAAACUUUGCUAUGAAACACGGCAGCUUUAGUCGCAGCCA